AGUAAUGUUGUUCAAUAUCAAGGUUGCAGCCGUCGCGGCUGUUGCUGCGCUGGCCACCGUCGCGCUGGGUGCGGGCAGCGGCCCUGUUGUAGAUUUGACGCCCAAGAACUUCAAGCAGGUGGUUGAUGGCAGCAAGGAUGUGCUUGUCAAGUUCUACGCCCCGUGGUGCGGCCACUGCAAGAACAUGGCUGAGGACUACGAGAAGCUGGCCGAAGGCUACAGCCAUGCCAGCGACAUUGUGAUCGCCGAGGUCAACGCCGACGAGCACCGGGACCUGGGCAACCAGUUUGCUGUUCAGGGAUUCCCGACGCUAAAGUUCUUCCCCAAGGGUGAGGACAUCAAGACCCCUGUCGAUUACUCGAGCGGCCGCGACCUGGACUCGCUGGUGGACUUUGUUCGCGAAAAGACCGGUGUUGUUGGACGCAUCAAGAAGCCUGUGUCGCUGGUCGAGGAGCUGGACUUUGACAAGUUCAAGCAGAUCGCCCUGGAUGAGGACAAGUUUGUUUUGGUCGAGUUCUACGCCCCGUGGUGUGGCCACUGCAAGCGCCUGGCGCCCAUCUAUGCCCAGCUGUCCGAGGUGUUCCAGAACGACGACAACGUGGUGAUUGCCAACUAUGAUGCCAGCGAGGACACCAAGAUCCGCGACGAGGUCACGAUCCAGGGCUUCCCGACUCUGAUCGCCUUCCCGGCUGGCAAGGACGCCAAGCGCAUCGAGUUCGAGGGCGACCGCUCGCUCGAGUCCCUGGUUGCCUUUCGCAAGAAGAUCAUCUCCAACGCCAAGGUGGUCGCCAGCGAGGUGCACGACAAGGCCCAGGCCAAGUUUGCCAAGUACUACGUCAAGGUCAUGGAGAAGGUCAGCAGCGCAUCUGACUUUGCCGCCAGGGAGUCUGAGCGUCUGGCUAACAUUGUCAAGAGCGGCGCGGUCAACGCCGGCAAGCUCGACAGCUUUGCCAUCCGCCAGAACGUGCUGGAUGUGUUCUUGGGCAAGGCCAAGGAUCUCAAGAACCAGGAUGAGGCUGCCGAGGCCGAGGCCGAGGCGAGCAUCAACAUUUUCUGUUCCCCUAAGCAGUUGCCAAUGGGCUACUGGUGCCAAGUAUGA